AGGCUAUUCGAGAAGCUGCGCGAAUGGCCGCCGAAUCGGCAACAGGGGCCACAGCCGGUGCCACGGCUCAAUCAAAACCACCGUCAUUCAAUAUUGGUGAAUUUCGUUCUUCGGAUGGUGCCACCGUGGAAGACUAUUUUAAACGCUUCGAGUGGGCACUCAAACUAAGCAAAAUUCCGGAAGAGCAAUGGGCCAACUUCGCGCGUGUUCACAUGGGAACUGAGCUAAAUCAGGCACUCAAGUUUCUGGUAAGCCCGAGGUCACCUGAGGAUCUCACAUUUGAGCAGUUCUCAGUUCCUGAAACUACGCAUAAAUUAGGGUACUCUCAGCCAAAGAAAAAGAACAACGAUAAACAACGGCGCCAGAGAUCAUUAUCGCGUAACCGUCAGCAGCAGCGGCAUAAGCAGGAUUCGUCACAAAAGAAACAAGAUCGCCCUUGUCAAGGAUGUGGAAGGGACCAUGCACGAAGUCAAUGCCAGUUCCGUGACGCCGAAUGUCACAACUGCGGUAUUAAGGGACAUAUCGCUAAAGUAUGCCGAUCAAGGGACAACAAGAAAACCGAUCAAGUCUCCGAUGCACUCGUACCAGCGGAACACGUCGACUCAGUCCAAUAUUUCAAUAAGGUCAAUGAUAUCGGCUCCAACAGCGUAGCGCAAAAGCGGAUGAUCAAUGUUAUAAUUGAUGGCCACAAUUUAAAAAUGGAACUGGACACUGGGGCACCUUGCGGCAUCAAAACCGACAGACAAUUUGCCAGUUAUACACUCCACAAAAUCAAUUGUAUCGGACGUUUGCCAGUUAACGUUAAGGUUGGUCAGACGACUAAGAGGCUAAAUCUAUAUGUGGUCGAAGGCGAUUUCGACACACUCUUUGGACGAGAAUGGAUUGCACAUUUCACUCAUGAGAUAGACUUCAAAAAAAUCUUCUCGUCGUCGAAUAAGAUUCAUGCGGUAUCCACUACACCGCCCCGUCUUACUCAGGAGCAGGAAAAGCAAUUAGAGCAACUCUUAGAUCGCUAUCAGGAUGUAUUUAGCGAUGUGGCAGGGAAGUUAGUAGGUCCACCUGUCAAAUUACACCUAAAGCCGGAGGCCACGCCAGUCUUCGUCAAAGCGCGAGAGAUACCGUUUGCACUUCGAGAUGCUUAUGCCAGGGAAAUUGAUGCGAAGAUAUCAUCAGGGUUCUACAAAAAAGUCGAAUACUCCGAAUGGGCGUCCACCACUCACGUCGUAACUAAGAAAAACGGCAAGUUACGUAUUACGGGCAAUUACAAACCAACACUCAAUCCGCGUAUUAUCGUAGAUGAACACCCAAUUCCUAAGGCUGAGCAAAUAUUUAAUGAAAUGAAAGGCGCAAAAAUCUUUUGUCAUCUUGACAUUACAGACGCUUACACACAUCUACCGGUCGAUGAGGAGUUCAGUCACGCGCUUACGCUUAAUACGCCAACUCACGGCUUAAUCCGACCUACACGCGCAGUCUACGGAGCAGCAAAUAUUCCAGCUGUUUGGCAACGACGCAUGCAGACUGUCCUACAGGGUCUCUCUAAAGUACGCAAUUUUUUUGAUGAUGUCAUAAUUUUUGCCGAAGACUUUGCCGAUCUAAUGGUAAUCUUGGAACAAACGCUGGAGAGAUUACGCGCUCAUGGUUUACGACUCAAUCGGGCGAAAUGUGUUUUCGCAACUUCCUCCGUGGAAUUUUUGGGUCACAGGAUCGACGCUCAGGGCAUUCAUAAAUCCGACAAGCAUAUAGAAGCUAUCAGAGACGCACCCAAACCCUCAACUCCGGAGGAACUCCAAUUAUUUCUCGGGAAAGCCACAUACUACAGCGCAUUUAUCCCGGAUCUUUCAACGAAAGACCGACCACUGCGAAACAUGCUUCAUCAAGUGCCUUUCAAAUGGACACCUGCUGCAGAAGAAGCAUAUCAAGAUAUUAAGGAAGCAUUGAUAUCACCACAAGUCCUUAUGCCGUAUGAUCCGUCAUUUCCUCUACUUUUGGCCACCGACGCCAGCAAAACGGGCCUGGGUGCCGUCCUUUCUCAUCGGUUAAGCAACGGUCAAGAGCGACCGAUAGCAUAUGCAAGCCGCACUAUGACUACUACGGAACAGAAAUAUCCUCAGAUCGACAAGGAAGCGCUUGCCAUCGUUUGGGCAGUGCAAAAGUUCUUCCACUAUCUCUAUGCUCGUCAUUGGACCUUGAUCACAGACCACAAGCCCCUGACUCAAAUCCUUCAUCCAGAGAAAUCGCUACCAGUUCUAUGUAUCAGCAGAAUGGCUAAUUAUGCAGACUAUCUUGCUCACUUUGACUUUGAUGUAAUUUUCAGACCUACGAAGGAGAACACUAAUGCUGAUUAUUGCUCAAGAGCCUUACCCUCGACGAUUAAUACUAUUCAAUCUUCUUCAUCGCUGCAAAGGAGAGAAGAGAUUGAAGGAGAUGGAUUCGAUCAUUUCGCUAUGAAUCAAAUCGAGCAACUGCCAAUCGAUGCGAAACAAAUUGCUCAAGAAACAAGAAAGGAUCCUGAAUUAGGGAAAAUAGUCAAGUUAUUGGAAGCAGAACAAAGCCUCGAGCGCGCAGGGUAUCGAGCUCCAGAAUCCGCUUACAGAUUGGCCGCCAACUGCCUGAUGUUCGAGCAUCGCGUCGUUAUACCAUCCUCGCUACGAAAAGCAAUACUCAAUGAUCUUCACGUAGCACAUUUAGGUAUCGUGAAAAUGAAAGGGAUGGCACGGUCAUUUGUUUAUUGGCCAGGUAUCGACUCGGAAAUUGAGCAGACCGCUAAAUCGUGUGCUGAAUGUGCUAGGCAUGCACAUGCUCCGCCUAAGUUCUGCCAGCAUCAUUGGGACUACCCCCAAGGUCCCUGGGAACGCAUCCAUAUUGAUUACGCAGGCCCCGUCGCUGGGACGAUGUUACUGAUUGUUUCCGAUGCAUUCAGCAAAUGGCUUGAAGUCAAGAUCACUAAUUCGAUGACAACGGCGGCAACCAUCGCCAUACUUGAUAACUUAUUCACAGCCUAUGGUGCUCCGACCAUCGUAGUAUCAGAUAACGGAACACAAUUUACAGCAGCUGAAUUUAAAUCGUUUCUACAAACAAGCGGCGUCAAGUAUCACAAACUAACGGCGCCUUAUCAUCCAUCCACCAAUGGGCAAGCGGAACGAAGUGUGCAAACUGUUAAAGAUGCCCUUCGUGCCAUGGGAACUUCCCGAAACACGCUGCAAGCAGAUCUGAACAAGUUUCUCCGUCACUAUCGUAUUGCACCGCAUUCGACUACGGGACAAUCACCAUCGCAGCUUUUCCUGGGUCGAACAUUACGAACACGUUUGGAUCUGGUGCGCCCUGACGAUGUCUUUACGAGAGUUACUCAAAAAUGGAAUGUACAAUACGCUCCAACAUUCCGGUCAUUCAAACCGACUCAAACUGUGUAUUUUCUUUCGGGAAAUCCCAGAAUGGACAAAUGGGUUCGAGGAACCAUCGUAGCUCGUUUAGGAGAGCUUCAUUAUGAAAUUGAAUAUGGAAACAAACGGUUCAAGCGCCAUGUGGACCAGAUUCGAGGAUAUUUAGAAAACUCGACGACUAAGCAAUCUGAUCUUCCAUUAUCUGGGGUGAACAACGAAGAGAAAAGUCGUCACGUGCGUUUCUACCCGGAUCCUCCAAAAGCUUGCACACCCCUGAAACCGAGGAAUGUGGAAGCACUUGCUCCCCCAUUGCCAUGCCAAAGGACUCCGACCCCGUCUACGGCUCCAGGAACUCCUCCACGGACAGCAGCAACACCUGAAGGCAGCGCAGUGCAAGAUGGAAUCGCCGCACCCUCGGUCCUUCCUCGAAGAACAACGCGGAAACGUCGCUCUCCUGAUAGAUACUCUCCGA